AUGAUCGGAUCGAAUAUAACGAAAAAUCGCAUCGAACGUUCCUUCGGUCGAUUCUUUAAUCUGGAAUCAAUCACCCGACUAUCAACCUUACACGAAGACUCACAAGAAGAUUCACAAGAAACAAUUCAUGAACAAUGUCUACUCGAUAUAUCCGAAUAUGAUAUCAUUGAAGAUACUAACGAAAAACACACCACUCGCAAAUCAUUAGUUGAUACAGCAGAUCUGUUACAUGAAAAACUCGCUUUUCUCACAGGUGGAACAAGCGAAGAUUGUCCAAUUUUAACGUUUCCCGAUAAUCCUUUCAAUGACCUUACAGAAGACAAAUACAAAAGAUUGGUGACAUAUUUAACUCAAGUGCCAAGUGAAAAUCAACGUCGAUCUGGCUUUAUUAUCAUUAUUGAUCGACGGUCAGAUCGAUGGCUGACUGUGAACUCAAUUAUGAUGUAUAUUGAAAGUUAUUUUCCGUUUCCAAUUAAAUGCAUAUACCUUCUUCGACCAUGUUCAUGGAUGCAACGUGCUUUAUCUCAAUUGAUUAUGUUUAAAGCUAAAUCUUCUGCUUAUCCAUUAAUUACUUGUCAAAGCUUGGCUGAACUUCAUGAGUAUAUUUGUCCUAAUCAGUUAUCGAAAGAUUUAGGUGGCUCGAUUGACUUUAACUUAUCCGAUUGGAUCGAACAACGCGCUAUUAUUGAAAAAUUAACUCAAUCAAUUCGUGAAUUCCACGACACGAUCUCUACAUUUAUAAAACAUUGUGACCAAAUUACAUUUCCUAAUUCUGUUGACUUAACCCAAAAAAUUCUUAUUCAACAUUUAACACAAAAAAAUGAACUUGAGCAUGAGUUACAAAGAAUUCAAAUGUGGGGUCAGUCACUUUUAUGUAUUAUUCGCCAAGAGCAUAAACAGUCCUCAUCAUCUCAUCAUAACAUACUUGACAAGAAUAAUGAUAUUCAACAUCAACCUAUUCUAUCAGCAGAUCGAUCGGCACAUGCUCGCGCAUGUCUCGAUGCUUUAACACAUCUUGAUAGUGUCAAGUCGAAUCUGAUACAAUUCUGGUCGAAACAUCGAACGCGAUUAAAUCAUUGUCUUGCCUUACGUCACUUCGAGCAACGUUUUCAAGAGAUUCGAACGAAUUGUUCACAAUUAUUCGAUGAAUUUGAUCAACUAAUUGAUAUUAAUAAACUCCUAGUUGCUUCUGAUUCUCAUCGAUUGAAUAAUAAUCAUAACUCUAAAGAAGAUAUUGAUCAAAUAUCCACUCAACUUGAUGACCUUUCGCAACGAACAGAAACGAUGAUUAAUCAUAGUACCCUAUUGACAAAUGAUGGCCUUGCUUUGAUUAUGGAACAGCAGAGACAGCAAGUUCUAUUCGACGAAAUCAAUACGAUUGAACCCAAACAGCAAGAAUUGGAAGCGAUGAAGCAAAAACUCAUUGAACAAAUUGACGAAAAACGACAGAAUUUGAAACUAUUGAAAUUAUAUAUCGACAAAUUGAGUUUUAUCAACGAUUGGUGUUUACGUGGGAAAGAUAUGUUAGCAAUGCAUCCCAUACAUUUAUCUAACGAUAGAGCGAUGCGCUCACUCGCUGAAGUUGAACAUUUUCUGAUGGAGUUGUCAACAAUGAAUAUCGAAGAGUUGCAGGAAACGUCGGCAACUGAACCUCUUCGGUCCAUGAUUAUUCAAGUAUUUAAUCGUGUUAAUGACGUGCGAGAUUUAUGUGAAAACCGAUGUGAACAACUUCGACAACUCGCUAUGCCUAUAACUCGGCCUGUACAACGUGUUUGUCCUUUAUUAUAUCAACAGAAUGAAUCAGUUAUGUCUGUUGGUACAUCAACGCCAAUGUUGAAGCGACAGCAACAGUUUUCAUCAGUAGAUAUCGAUUCAACUGAUGAAUCAAAUGUAAACAUGGACAAGAAGCAAAGACAUGUCGUUACUGAACUUCUAGUAACAGAACAAGUUUAUGUUGAAGAAUUACGUACGAUCAUCGAAGGUUACAUGGCGAAAUUUGAUGAUUCGGAAUAUUCACGUCUUUUACCUGCAGUGAUAGCUCAAAACAAAUCGAUUCUCUUCUCUAAUUUACCGGAGAUUUAUACGUUUCAUGACAGAUUAUUUCUUCGUGAUCUACAGCAAAUUUAUGCAAAUUCACUGCUAAUUAACUCAUAUUCAGUUGGCAGUGCGAUUGCCUCGUGUUUCAUCAAACGAAAAUCGAAUUUUAAGUUAUAUGAGCAAUACGUCCUGAACAAAUCGCAAUCAGAACGUAUCUGGGAACAAUACUGCUCGGGACACACAUUUUUCAUCAAAAUCCAACAAUCUCUCAACCAGCGACUUCCACUCGAUUCCUAUCUGUUAAAACCUAUUCAACGCGUAACACAAUAUCAACUUCUGCUGAAAGAAAUGAUCAAAUAUACUCGACACGAACAAGAACGUAUUCAUCUACAAGAUGCACUCUCAGUCAUGUUGAACAUCUUAUCAUAUCUCAAUGAUGUCAUGCAUUUAACUCAAAUCGUGGGUUAUCCUGAUAAUUUGAAUACAUUAGGUCAAAUACGUCUACGUGCUGAAAAUUGUCUUUUAUCAAAAGAAAAACGUCGCGGAACAGUCUACACUCGAGCGAAAACAAGUACACGGGAUAUAUUUCUUUUUGAACGAGUUUUGUUAUUAUGCAAGAAGAAAGAUGAUGGGAGCGGCAAAUCAAUCCAAUAUCAAUUUAAAGAAGCCAUCAAAAUUGUUGAUAUAGCCGUGUGUACACAUCCGAAGAAUGAUCGAAAAAGGAUUGAAAUUGUUCUCAAAGAUUACUCAUACAUAAUUCAAUUUCCGCUGAACGAUGACAAAAUCGAAGAAGUCAGCAUUCGUUGGAUACAUACAAUCAAAACUUGUGUAACAAAACAAACCGAACAACGACGAGCGGAGAUCAAACAACGAAGUUCAUCGCUCGAUCAUUCGUCGCAUUCGAACCGACGACGUGUUCAAAACCGUCUCAUCGCGCAAAUUCGAGCAAUUGACUCAGAUGACGAACAAGUUCAUUUACCAAUCAAACUAAUUGAUUUAAAUACUGAUAUCAUGACACAAAACCAUAAGAUUGUUAUCGGAAAUUCGAUUUCACACUUAUAA